AGCGCCAACUCCAUUAAUCAGGAACGAAGCGAAAUAAAAAACACAAAUGGUGCGAAACUUCCCCCCAACGUGACGAAGCAGCGCACUGAUCCAGAGCAACAGGGGAGGAGGAGCUGCUCCAUCGCUGGGCGAGUGUGUAAUAGUGCAGGAGUGAGGUUACCUCGGAAGGGAAUGUAUCCCCGGGGUUGUUUCCGAUGGCAUUAAGCCCAGCCCCGAGGUUACUUUGUUGCAGUGUAUGGCAGGGAGUGUAACUCGCUGUCUCACUGUUACUGCUGGCCUUUCCUUACAAUCUGCACACCGCGGCAGGGGGCUGACAGUGGCGGCCGCCCAGGCUAUGGCUAUGGAGGGCAGCGGCAGGGUGAGCCUGGGGAGCCUGCCUUUCGACAACCUGGCUCUGCGCUCGCUGCCCCUGGACCCGUCCCAGGAGGGCGGCUCUCGCCAGGUACCGGCCGCCUGCUUCUCCAGGGUCCGCCCGGCGCCCGUCCAGCGACCCCGGCUCGUCGCCUGCUCGCUGCCGGCCCUGGGGCUCCUGGGGCUGCAGGGGGACGAGCUGCAGAGCUCGGAGCAGGAGCAGGAGCUGGCCGACUACUUCAGCGGCAACCGGGAGCUGCCGGGCUCCGAGCCCGCCGCCCACUGCUACUGCGGCCACCAGUUCGGGAACUUCGCCGGGCAGCUGGGGGACGGAGCAGCGAUGUACCUGGGCGAGGUGGUUAGCAGCCAAGGACAGAGGUGGGAGCUACAGAUCAAAGGAGCUGGACCUACCCCUUACUCCAGGCAAUCAGAUGGUCGAAAGGUGCUUCGCUCUAGUAUAAGAGAAUUUCUUUGUAGUGAGGCCGUGUUCCAUCUGGGAAUUCCAACAACACGAGGAGGAACUUGUGUUACAUCAGAUUCUAAAGUCGUCAGGGAUGUGUUCUAUGAUGGGCAUCCAAAAUAUGAACAAUGCACUGUUGUUCUUCGUAUUGCUCCUACAUUUUUACGAUUUGGAUCCUUUGAGAUCUUUAAGCCUACAGAUGAGUUUACAGGUCGAAAGGGUCCUAGUUGUGGUAGAAAUGAUAUUCGAAUUCAAAUGCUCGACUAUGUCAUUGGGACGUUUUACCCAGAAAUUCAGAGUGCGCAUUUCCAAAACUCGGUGCUGCGAAAUGCUGCUUUCUUCAGAGAGCUAACCAAGAGGACAGCCAGACUGGUUGCUGAGUGGCAGUGUGUUGGAUUUUGUCAUGGUGUACUAAAUACAGACAACAUGAGCAUUGUAGGGCUCACUAUUGACUAUGGUCCAUUUGGCUUCAUGGACAGGUUUGAUCCGGAUUAUAUAUGUAAUGGUUCUGAUAAUAGAGGCCGUUAUGCAUACAACCGUCAACCUGAAAUCUGUAAGUGGAAUCUGAGUAAACUGGCUGAGGCUUUGGUUCCUGAACUGCCCCUGGACGACAGUCAAUCUAUCAUAGAAGAGGAAUAUAACACGGUGUUUGAGCAACACUAUCUGCAAAAAAUGAGAAAGAAAUUGGGACUACUGCGAUGUGAGAAGGCAGAGGAUAAAGAGUUAGUUUCUGAGCUGUUGCAUGUUUUCCAGUCAACUGGUGCCGAUUUUACAAACACUUUCCGUUUGUUGAGCGAAUUUCCAGUUCCUGGCAUUUCCACCCAUUUAACGUUGGAAGAAUUUCUUGAGAAGCUGAUUGCUCAAUGUGCGUCACUGGAAGAGCUAAAACUGGCUUCCAAACCAAGAAUGGAUCCACGGCAGCUGUCCAUGUUGCUGGCACUGUCCCAGUCCAACUCGCAGCUCUUUGAUUUGCUUGGCAACAAAGAAGAAAUUACUAGAGAGUUGAAUCGCAUCGAACUAUUCUCUGAGUUGGAAGAGAUGACAAAUGAAGAACUCUUAAGUAAACACAGGAAAGCAUGGACAGACUGGCUACAAAAGUACAGGUCUCGUUUGGAGGAUGAAGCAAAAGAUGUUGAUGUUGCUGACCUAAACACUGAACGUGUGAAGGUGAUGAAUUCAAACAACCCUAAAUUUAUUCUGAGAAAUUACAUUGCACAGAAUGCAAUCACUGCUGCAGAGAAUGGCGAUUUCUCAGAGGUUCGACAAGUUCUAAAGCUCUUGGAGCAUCCAUACAAUGAAGAACCCUGUGUGGAUAACGUAGUCCAAGAAGCACCAGCAGAGGCUACAACAACAACUUGUGGUUCAUUAAGCAAUGAGAGAAUGCCUUACCACAGUAAACCACCUGACUGGGCAAGGAAGCUUUUAGUUACCUGAUCUUCAUAAACACCUUGUUUUGGUUUCUGCUUAAAUGAAGCCAAACCAAGGUAAAUGAUGAGUGCUAUUAUUUCCUCACAACAGAUGUAAUUUGGAGAUCUACCUUUGUGAAGAGCAGCACUGAGUAUCCUGAAUUCCCUACACCCCACUGUGAUAAGUUGAAAUUAUGAAUUAAUGUUCUAAAACAAUUGCUAAAAUGGUGCAAAAAGAGAAACUGUGCAAAUAACUUUGUAUAACAGCAAAUACUUACCUGAUUGUUACUUUUACACUUUAAAACAUUGUUAAAGAGAGAUGUUGGGAUUUAGUACUAAUUAUUGUGGAAUUAUCUUUACUGAGAGCUAAAGCAACGAAAGUUUAAGGAAGGAAACAAAAACAGAAAUUGCUGAAAAAGCUCAUCAUGUCUGGCAGCAUCUGUGCAGAGAAAUCAAAGUUAAUGUUCCAGUGAUCCUCUUUAACAAGGGUCACCACACACAAAAAUAUCAGCUGUGAUUUCUCUUCAGUGGUGCUACUAAACCUUCUGAGCUUUUUCAGUAACUUUUGCUUUUGUUUCUGAUUUACAGCUUCUGCAGUUCUUUUGGUUUUUAAGGAAGGGUAUUCUACUUAAACAACAUGCCUAAAAGUGGCAAUGCUAAUACAGGUAGAGCUGCAUUAUAUCCCUUUUAUAAAAAUAGGUUACUUUAAUGAUAUUAACAGAUCAUGUCUUGAAUGGACAAUUUCAUUUUGUGCAGCUGGCAGAAAAUAGACCAUCAAUUUUGCUGUGUCUGAUGCAGUCUUUAAGUACGAAGGCAGCUGACAUAUAUAUUUAUACAAAUAAGUGUGACAUUAUAAAAAUAGGCGAACAAACACAAGUGGUUGACAGUGCAUUUGUAAACAAGUGCAGUUUAGUAGUGCUGCUGGUCUAAGUGACAUUGACCCACUCAAGUGUACAUUGUAAGAUUUAGUUUACCACAGGUGAAUUUGCAAAGGCAACAUAUUCAUGAGAAAGCCGUUUUAUUUACUGGAACUGUGCUAGUAGUUUCUUAAGUUAUUUCUUAAUUUAAAGUAGUUCCUUGGGUGGAGUAAUAAUGAAACAGUGCUCUGAUGGGGUUGUAGGACUAUUGAUUACCAGGCAGUGGUGCUACUCUGUGAACUUUGAAAUGUAAGAUCUCCAGAUAAAAUCUGUUAAAAUGAAUACAAAAAUAUCAACUCUAAUAUAUUGAGCUAUUUUUGUAUGAUGUGGAAACUGUUGCACGAAAUGUUAACGCACAGUUUAAGCUUUUAUUCUUUGAAUAAUCAUUUGCACUACACUUUCUUGAGGAAUAAUUUUAUACAUCCAUUGUUUUGAACAUGUUUUUUAAUAGUAAAAGACUGAAUGCAAACCUGAUGAAUUUUA